AUGGAACCCCGGAUUCCCCACAACAUAACUGUGGUCCCAAACUCCGUCAUGGUACAGCCGUUACUGGACAGUCGGAUCCCCUAUGGGAGGCUGCAGCAUCCGCUCACCAUCCUGCCUAUUGACCAGAUGAAGACUACUCACAUUGAGAAUGACUACACCGACAAUCCCAGCCUUGCCCAGCUGGCAGCACAGAAGCACCCCCGAGGCCACCAUGAACCUGCGCUGAUCAGCCAGCACCUGCAGAGAUGUGAGCAGGAUGUCACCCACCCCUGGAUCUCUUUCAGUGGGCGGCCCAGCUCCAUCAGCAGCAGCAGCAGCACGUCUUCUGACCAAAGGCUCUUGGAUCACAUGGUGCCGGCCCCUGUGGUGGAUCAGUCCUCCCCGAGAGCGGUCCGGAUACAGCCCAAGGUGAUUAAUUGCAAACCCAUGGAUCUGAAGGGACCCAUGUCUCAGGAGCUUGACAAGCACUUUUUACUGUGUGAAGCCUGUGGGAAAUGCAAGUGCAAGGAGUGUGCCCUGCCGAGGACUUUGCCUUCUUGCUGGGUAUGCAACCAGGAGUGUCUCUGCUCCGCACAGAACCUGGUCAAUUACUCCACGUGCAUGUGUCUGGUGAAGGGAGUCUUCUACCACUGCACUAACGAGGAUGACGAGGGUUCCUGUGCAGACCACCCCUGCUCCUGCUCCCAAUCGAACUGCUGUGCCCGCUGGUCUUUCAUGGGUGCCCUCUCUCUGGUCCUGCCUUGCUUGCUGUGCUACCUGCCAGCCACGGGCUGCGUGAAACUAUCCCAGAGAUGCUAUGACCAAGUGAGCCGGCCUGGAUGUAGAUGUAAAAACACAAACCGUGUCAUCUGCAAGGUGGCGCUGGAUGGCAAAGCAAGCAGGCCAGAAAAGCCUUUCUGA